GACCUUAACCUAAUUCCACAUGCGAGGAGACGAUGUGAUGCGAGAGCAACCCACACCGGACGCCGUACCACAACUGACUAGCGGAACUGGGUACGUUCGUUUUAAAACCCAGAGCAUCCGACGUGUAUCUGUUCAUCCUCUGUUUUCUGACAGGAGUAAGCCACGACUUAGUCUGCAACCCAAGGGAAACGUCGUGCUACAAAAUACGCGCUCCCAUUCGAGCAGUGACGUAGGCGCGGUGGAUGCUGGGAUAGUAGGCAGUGGAGGUCAAAGAAACUCCAAAAUGUCGGUGCUUGGUGUCUCGUCCUUGAGUCGCUGUGGGCUUUUGGCGCUCCGGUCCCCUGCAGGAGUGGCAGUGCGGUAUGCCCAGACAGCAGCAGCUCCAGUAGCACAGCCCAGAAUAAAGAAGUUUCAGGUGUAUAGAUGGGACCCAGACACUCCAGGAGACAAACCCCGCAUGCAGACUUAUGAGAUCGACCUAAACAGUUGUGGCCCAAUGGUUCUAGAUGCAUUGAUCAAGAUAAAAAAUGAGAUGGACCCCACCCUGACCUUCCGCCGUUCCUGCAGAGAAGGUAUUUGUGGGUCCUGUGCAAUGAACAUUAAUGGAGGAAACACACUUGCUUGUGUCCUCAAGAUUGACACCGACAUUAGCAAGCCAUCUAAGAUUUACCCUCUGCCACAUAUGUAUGUGGUCAAGGACCUGGUACCUGAUAUGAGUAACUUCUAUGCCCAGUACAAGUCUAUUGAACCCUACCUGAAGAAGAAGGAUGAAUCAAAGGAGGGGAAAGAGCAGUACCUGCAGUCUAUGGAGGACAGAGACAAACUGGACGGAUUGUAUGAAUGUAUCCUGUGCGCCUGCUGCAGUACAAGCUGCCCAAGUUACUGGUGUAUUGCCGACAAAUACCUCGGACCUGCUGUUCUGAUGCAGGCUUAUCGAUGGAUGAUAGACUCCCGAGACGAUUUCACAGAGGACCGUCUGUCCAAGUUGCAGGACCCUUUCUCUGUGUACCGCUGCCACACUAUCAUGAACUGCACCAGUUCCUGCCCCAAGGGCCUGAACCCAGGAAAAGCGAUAGCUGAGAUUAAGAAGAUGAUGGCCACAUACAAGGAGAAGAAGGCAGCUGCUGUCUGACACCUCAAUUCUCUUUUUCUACACCACUUCCAUCCAUGAUUAAGUUAUAUUGAUUUAAGACAAUGUUUACUGAGCUCUGAUUGAAGUCCAGUACACCUUUCAGGCCCACCACCACACGCUAAAGGCAACAGAGUCGGUUGUAAUGAAGGUGUGUGUGUGUGUGUGUGUGUGUGUGUGUGUGUGUGUGUGUGUGGGUGGAGCUUGUAGUGUUACACAAAUAUACGUGUACAGUGUGAGUGCAGGAGAGAGAGUGUGUGUCUGAGUCUUACAUGUUCCAGAACAGAGGUGUUUAUCUCCACUCUACUGUGUGUGUGUUUGUACCCUUGGGAGUCACAAUGCUGCAUAAUGUUGUGGUAAAAACGAGGCCUUGUCGUUUGCAAAACAUUUUUCAGCUUGUUGCUUUUCAGCUUAGCAGCUGGUUCACAGACAUACGGUGUAUAUCUUCCCUCAGAUCUUCCAACAUAACAACAGCACUUGUAGUUUUGUUGUAAAAUAAAUGUAUGAAAUGCCUGCCUUUGUUUUUAUUGGUUAUUAUUUGCU